AUGCGGAUCCCGAAGCCGGACUGCCGAGGCCCCCAGAGUCUUGGGCGCCCGGGAUGGUGGAGACGCGGAACCCCAGCCGGGCCGCUCGGGGCUGCGGUCCCCCGGCCUGCAGGCUCGCGGGUGCUCCCAGGGGCCUUUGCACUCGGCAAAGAAACUGGUGGGCAGAACAGUAGUGGCAGCACCAGGCUUUUCAGGGUCCUGGCAGAGGGCGCCGCCGGCGGCCUGGUUUCCAGUCCGCGAUGGCCUUAUGGCCGGCCUCGGCCUCGGCCUCGGCCUCGGCGUCAGCCCUCCGGUGGUGCCCCCGCCAAAGGACGUUUUCUAGGUUCUAAAAAGGCCGCCUCGUCCCUGGGUGGGCUCGAACCACCAACCUCUCGGUUAACAGCCGAGCGCGCUAACCGAUUGCGCCACAGAGACCUGCGGGCAGUCCCCGCCCACGUCCCACUAGAGAGCGAGCUGUCACUCGGCGCUAGGGGGAGCCACCCGCCUUCCGUCGGCGGCGACCGGGCAGGGCGAGGCAGACGCCCGCGGCUCCCGGACGGUUCCUCCCUCCUGUCCCUCCCUCACCCACCUUGGGUGCCGGUGGCGCUCGGCUCACUCCCCUCCACGGCGGUCGGAGCUGGGGAGCUGCGGUGGUGCUGGAGGGGGUGGUCAACAGGGGCAAACGCCCAGGGCCGCGCGGGGCAGCGGGGGGAGGGGGUGGGGGCGAGGUGGCGCGGGCCGCCGGAGAUCCCCAGGACCCCGUGCCGAGGCUCGGGCCGGAUGGGGGUCAGGAGAUGGAGGCUGGGGGUUCUGCGCCGCGCAUCGGCGUCGAGGGGAAGGGGAGGUGUAUCCCCUCCCCAGGGUGGUGGGCCCGCAGGGGACGGCGGCAGCAGCCCUGCGGUUUCUUCGGAAGGAACGCGGCGCCGUACCUGGAACGACUUUGCGUCCAGAGGCCCCGCAGCGGCGGCCGAGCCCGCGGCCGGAAGGGUGGCGCGCCGUGAUCGUAUAGUGGUUAGUACUCUGCGUUGUGGCCGCAGCAACCUCGGUUCGAAUCCGAGUCACGGCACUCUUCCCGGGCGCUCGCCGCCUCUCCCUUUUACCUGGCGUGGAAACCCGCCCGCGGCGCUGGUCCCGGGGAGGGGGGGGCGCAGACGGCCCGGGGCGCCAGCAGGCCUUCCCCCGGAGCAGAGGGAAACUCCUCAGUGCACUGACCCGGGCACCGUCUCCUUCUGA